ACUUAAGCCUAGGUCACAUAGCCCGGCCGGUGUCCGGCAUCGGUGGAGCUCGGUGGAUUUUUGAGGUGUCGCCGAGCUCCCCUCAUCGGUGGCAUAGCUCGGUGACGUGACCGGGCUCCGUCCGGAAAUCUACAGGCGACCGACCAAACACCGGCCGAUGACCGUCCGGAGUCUGUCUCAAAAGUGGAGAUUUUUUUCGGCGGAUGUGGCAGCAACUACCGGCCGAUGUCCGGCCGAUGGUCGGCCGGACAUCGGGGGGUAUACGGCCGGUACCCGAGCAGGUUAAAGGACACCGUGCGAUCACCGGCCGGGUUGUUAACGGGCUUCGAACACUGCCCGGCCGAUGUUCGGCCGGUGUACCUCGGACUUGGGGGGCCGAUGGUCAGCUAUUCCAUACCUGUAUAUAUAUGUCCACCCUACUUGGAAUGGUCAGUUCAUCACUAUGGCUGCACCGAGAAGACUACGAAUGGCGUUGUUAGAACACGAGCUAGCUCAGGCGAGGUUCCAGUACAACUUGGUCCUGGCAGCACUGCUCGAAGAAGCCGAGAGGGAGCGACAGAGGGCCGGCAGAAGAAUAAGACGUUGGUGGGUGCGCGAGUGGAUCCUACGCAGACCUCGUUUCGGCCAGUAUGAGACGCUCAUGAGGGAACUCGAGGCCGAGCACGCUGCCGACUUCAAAUCCUACCUCCGCAUGGUGCCACAGAUGUUCUAUGAGUUGCUUGACCGAGUUAGCCCCCGCAUUGCCAAGACCACAACGCAUCGAACCCCCUUGGAUCCUGGGCUGAAGCUGGCGAUCACCUUGAGGUUCUUGGCGACCGGAAGCAGCUAUCAUGAUCUGGCGUUCGCGUUUCGUGUCCCACACAACACCAUCUCUCUGUUCGUCCCCGAGGUCUGUCAGGCCAUCUACGACGAAUACGAGGACGAGAUGUGGGCCACUCCCCAGACAGAAGAUGAGUGGCGCCCGGUAGCCGAGGGAUUCGGAGACAGAUGGAACUUUCCCCACUGUUGUGGCGCGAUCGAUGGGAAACAUGUCGCCAUCAAGAAGCCCCCCAAGAGCGACUCACUUUACUACAACUACAAAGGCUUCUUUUCCAUCGUCAUGCUUGCAGUGGUAAACUCUGACUACAAGUUCAUCUGGGCGGAUGUGGGGUCACCAGGGUCGUAUUCCGACGCCGGCAUCUUUAACCGGUCGCGACUGGAGCCAGGUCUGCGUGAGGGAACGAUCGGACUACCCCAGCCGGAUCCCCUACCAAAUGACGACCAGGACACACCCUACUACAUGGUCGGAGACGACGCCUUCCCCCUACGGCCAUACAUGAUGAAGCCUUACCCUCAUCGGCACCUGAAACGGGACGAGCGGAUCUACAACUACCGGUGUUCCAGGGCACGCCGUGUGGUUGAAAACGCGUUUGGUAUAUUCGCCAAUCGCUUCAGAUGUCUGCUAACAACCCUGGGAUUGAGACCGUCGAAAGUUACCAAGAUCGUCAAGGCCUGCAUGACCCUUCACAACCUCAUGAGGACUCGUUACCCCAACCUUCAGAAUGCUGACCUCGACCGGGAAGAUGAGCAGGGUCAGAUCAUCGCGGGUGCAUGGCGAGACCAAGCCGUGCUCGAAGAUGUGCAAGCAGCAGGGCACGGGCCAAGAUUGACCCGACCAGGCAAAGAACUGCGCGCAUACCUCAAGAAUUACUUUUGCAGUCCUGCCGGGAGUGUGCCAUGGCAAGAUGUGGCAAUAAACCAGCAGUAACUUGUGUCUAAUAUUGUUACAGUAUACCGGAUGCAGCCACAGACAUUCCAUUAUUCUUCUCAGGACUUAACGCAUUUUUGAUGUGUUAUACUUUCCAUUAUUCAGUAUGUUGUUUGCAAAUAAAUCUGUUAUUGGGUAAUCUUAAAACAUUGCCUUUGCUCUUUUUAAUUUGAACACUAGUAA